GGGUGCCAGGCUCCGCUCCUUUACUGAGGAAGACGGAAGUUGCUGCUCCGACCUUGGCUGUCCUGUGGGGAAGAGUCUGGGCAAGCUCGGCAGCCGCACCAUGAAUGCAGUGACCUAUGACGAUGUGCAUGUUGACUUAAGUGGGGAAGAGUGGGCUUUGCUGGAUCCUUCCCAGAAGAGUCUCUACAAAAAUGUGAUGCUGGAGACCUACAUGAACCUCACUGCUAUAGGAUACUGUUGGGAAGACCAUAAUAUUGAAGAACAUUUUCAGAAUUCUAGAAGACAUGAAAGGUAA